AUGAAUGGAGCCAUCAUGGGCUUUCGCGCGCUGGCGCAUUCUCUGCAUCAGUAUCAUCCCCCUCUGUCGCACGCGGUCGCCUUGUUCGAUGUCUUCAAGGCCAAUGUGGCGCCUCUUGUGCGCGUCUUCCAUAUGCCCACCCUGGAGAGGCUGUUCUGGGAUGCAGUGGCCUCCAUGGAUAGCAUCGAGAAGAACAUGGAAGCCCUCCUGUUCUCUAUCUACUACUCCGCACUAAUAAGCCUGGACUCUGAACAAUGCUUCACCGCGCUUGGGAUUUCCAGGUCCUCUGCGCUCGAGACAUAUCGCUUUGCCGUCGAGCAGGCCAUGGCUCGCGCGAAUCUCCUCAACACCCAGAAUCUCCUCCUCCUGCAGGCAACGGUCCUGUUCCUGACAGCUGUGCGCAAUGAAGACGACUCGCGCACGGUCUGGUCCCUCACUGCCCUCGUCUACCACAUCGCACAGGCCAUGGGCCUCCAUCGCGAUGGCGAAGCCUUCGGCCUAAGACCUCUAGAGACCGAACUACGACGCCGGCUCUGGUGGCACAUCUGUCUCCUCGACAACCGCUCAACAGAUUACCACGGCAGCGAGCCCAUCGUGCACGAAUCCGUCUUUGACACGAGGAUGCCACUCAACAUCAACGACUCCGAUAUAACCGCCGAAAUGACCCAACCACCGCCAGAGCACGAGGGCACAACGGAAAUGACACUCUCCCUUAUCCGCUGCACCGCCAUGCGAGUCGUCUGGAAAGUCGGGUACAUGGCACCUCGCCAGAAUUACAGCUCAGAAACCGACCAGCAAGACUCAGCCGAUCGAAUCGCACUAGCAGAAGACCUAGAGCAUCGUCUCCACGACCAAUUCCUCAAGUACUGUGACCCAAGCAUCCCAUUACUCCGGGUCGCCUCGACCGUUGCCCGAAUCAUCACAAUGCGCAUGUGGAUGGGAAUCCUCUCCCCAGUCGCCCGCAAGGACAGAACCAUCCGAGAACGCCUAUUUCGGGACUCAAUUCAAGUGCUGGAACUCUCGACCGCGCUGCUAACAGAAGAAGACGUCAGCCGGUGGGCAUGGCACUCCCGCACGCAUAUCCAGUGGUACUCGGUCGCCUUCCUGCUCGCUGAGCUAUGCUGGAGACCCCCGUCCGCGGAGUGCGAUCGCGCCUGGGAAUGCGUUACGGCUGUGUACGACCGGUGGGUCACAAUGGACCUGGACAAGAAGGGGACUCUAUGGCGUCCUAUCCGGCGGUUGAUGGCGCGGGCCCGUUACGUGCGUGAGAUCCGCAAUGCCACGACGCAUCCUGCUGGAGUGGUGCAUCACUGGAGGUCUGCUGGUGGAUGGCAGUCGCAGUUACAGUCGCAAUCUCAAUCACCAUCGACAGAAAACACCAGCGCAGUGGCCGGGGACUUCAAUGCGCCACUGGGGCUGACGUCCCCGCCUUUACGGGGAUCCGGGGUAGAUAUGGCAUUGACGCCGAGUGAUGACCCCCUGAUGGAGAUGUUACCCUCAAGGAAUGAUGGGUUUUUUGAUCCCUCAGCCAUGGGCCUUUUUGGCUUACUAUCCGAGACGAAUGGGUUUCCUUGGGGACCAGGGUAUAUCCCUGAUAUAAAUGGUUUACCUGAUCCGGUGCAGUCGCCGCCUUGGUCAACGGGGUGA